CCCCUCUCCUGCCCCCCACCCCCCGCGGCGCGCGCCGCUCCCGGGGGCUCCGCGCCCCCGAGCCCAGGUCCCUCCCCCUUGGCUCACAGGCCGCGCGGGUUAGCGGGAGCCCCGGAGCUCCGGCGGCCUGUGAGCCCGAGCCGGCAUGGACCCCGAGCGCUGCGCGCCUUUCUCCGUGGGGCCGGCGGCCGGUCCUUACGCGGCCGCGGGGGACGAGGCUCCGGGUCCCCAGGGGACUCCCGAUGCUGCGCCUCACCUGCACCCCGCGCCACCCCGCGGUCCGCGCCUGAGCCGCUUCCCGGCCUGUGGGCCCCUGGAACCCUACCUCCCAGAGCCCGCCAAGCCGCCCGCCAAGUACCUGCAGGACCUCGGGCCAGGCCCGGUGCUCAACGGCGGCCACUUCUACGAGGGCUCCGCGGAAGCCGAGGAGAAGGCCUCCAAAGCUGCCAGCUUCCCCCAGCUACCAGUGGAUUGCCGAGGGGGUCCCAGGGACGGACCCUCUAAUGUGCAAGCUUCCCCGGGCCCCUGCCUGGCCAGCCUGAGCGUCCCUCUUUCCCCGGGACUCCCCGACUCCAUGGAGUUGGCCAAGACCAAGAGCAAGAAGCGCCGGAACCGCACAACCUUCAGCACGUUCCAGCUGGAAGAGCUGGAGAAAGUCUUCCAGAAAACCCACUACCCUGACGUGUAUGCUCGGGAGCAGCUGGCUUUGCGAACAGACCUGACUGAGGCCAGGGUACAGGUCUGGUUCCAGAACCGAAGAGCCAAGUGGCGGAAGCGUGAGCGUUAUGGGAAGAUGCAGGAGGGGCGGAACCCCUUCACUACAGCCUAUGACAUCUCCGUACUGCCCAGAACUGACAGCCAUCCUCAGCUGCAGAACUCCCUGUGGCCCAGUCCAGGAUCUGGAAGCCCAGGGGGGCCCUGUCUCAUGUCUCCAGAGGGCAUCCCCUCUCCAUGCAUGUCCCCAUACUCCCACUCCCAUGGAAAUGUGGCUGGCUUCAUGGGAGUGCCAGCCUCCCCUGCAGCCCACCCUGGCAUCUAUUCCAUCCAUGGCUUCCCUCCUGCCCUGGGAGGGCACAGCUUUGAGCCUUCUCCGGAUGGUGACUACAAGUCCCCAAGCCUCGUUUCACUCAGGAUGAAGCCCAAAGAGCCCCCUGGCCUGCUGAACUGGACCACGUGAUGGGUUACAUGGGCACAGACUGAGCUGUCCACUUCUCUUCCUGCUCUGACCUGCUCCUAGCCCAUCUCUACCUGGACACCAAACAGCAAACCCUUUUACCUCCAUAACCUGGGUGGUUCUGGAAGCUUGGAAGAGGAGCUGGGACCCUCAGCCUCCUGCAGGGAACAGGCUACAGGGUCUUAUUUCUUAAAAUAGGUGGGGCUGCCUAGGAGACAGGGACUUCAAAGCAGGUAGGACUCCUCCUUAUAAAAUGGCUCCCCUCAUUUAAAUUGGGCUGGAGAAAAGGUGACAGAUGCCCCCUGUUUUCCAAAGACUGUUUCUAAGUCCAGGGAGCCCAGGAAGAUGGGAGGAGGGUGCAGACUAAACAGGGAGGCGCUCUCUGUGGUUCUUAGGGCUGGCCUCACUUUUGCCUUCCUACCACCAGGGGGCGGUACGCUCAGCUCCUGGGACUGACAAGAUCCCAGACGGUGAAGGUCAGCUCAAUAAUAGGUGGGGGGGUCUCCUCUGUUCCAAGCAUCCCUCACUUCUGCCCUGUGCUAGUCUACAGAGAUACUAUAAAGUCAUUUUCUCCAAGUAGGGAGAAGAAAUUCCACCAAACAUUAAAUAUUUGGAUUUGCUUUCAUGGGAUCAGGGAUAUGCCAUGAAAACCAUAUUGGACAUCGAUCAAAAUAAAAAAAAAAUUUUUUUUCCAGUUUCUGAGCCCCUGAUCCCCAGACCCUGAUUUUUGUAAAGAUACUUUUGUUUUGUUGUAGUGUGCUGCUUAGCAUAGUAAUAAACACAAUAGUGUUUUUCAUUC